AUGGGACCGAAAGCCCCUUUUUUGUGGAGUUGCAAGCUGCAACUCCACCCGCUUGCUUCCUCCGAAAAGGCAACAGCACGAAUUCGUGACAAACAGCAGAAGGGAAAGCGAACCGAAAACGGGACUCUCCUUUCGCUCGCGCCCGUUCACACGUUCGCCUCCCUCCAUGCAAUAGAUCUGUCCCCGCGUCUGGCCGCUAUGCUGCUGCCGGUCCUGGCCGGCUUGUUCUUCUCGGCUUGGGGGGCGCCGGCGGGCGCGCAAGACACCCCGCCGGGGAGUCGCUUCGUCUGCACCUCGCUGCCCCUGGACGCCGCCAACCCGGGUUGCCCGCUGCCCUCGGUGCCCAUGGCAGGGGGUGGGCUGCUGCCCCCCGAGGAAGAGCUGAAGGCCACCCUGCUGCAGCUUCGGGAAACCAUCCUGCAGCAGAAAGAGACGAUCGGGAACCAGCGGGAGACCAUCCGCGAGCUGAGCGGCAAGCUGGGCCGGUGCGAGAGUUCCGACGGCAAAGGCGGCCCGUGGAGGAAAGAGCUGGGGAAAAGCAAGGACACCAUGGGGGAUUUGCCCCGCGACCCCGGCAAGAUCGUCGACCAGCUCACCCGGACCAUGCAAGCUCUCAAGGAUCGCUUGGAGAAUCUGGAGCACCAGCUUCGAGGCAACGCGACCGUCGGAGCCUUGCCCAACGACCUAAGAGAGAUGCUUCAGAGGCGGCUUGGAGAACUGGAGCGCCAGCUGCUCAGCAAAGUGUCCGAGCUGGAGAACGAGAAGUGGCUGCUCCAUAACGAGACCUCCACCCACCGGCAGAGGACGGAAGCGGCCUUGAACGCGCUGCUAGAAAGGGUCUCUGAACUGGAGCGGGGUACUAGCGCCUUCAAAGCACCGGAUGAAUUUAAAGUCUCCCUCCCUCUCCGCACCAACUACUUGUACGGGAAGAUCAAGAAGACGUUGCCUGAGCUCUACGCCUUCACCGUCUGCUUAUGGCUGAAAUCCGGCGCCUCCCCUGGAAUUGGGACCCCCUUCUCUUACGCCGUCCCAGGACAAACCAACGAAGUAGUCUUGAUCGAGUGGGGGAACAACCCCAUUGAACUCCUGAUCAAUGACAAGGUGGCUCAGCUCCCUCUCUUCAUCAGCGACGGAAAAUGGCAUCACAUUUGCAUCACCUGGACCACCCGAGAUGGGAUGUGGGAGGCUUUUCAGGAUGGAGAGAAAUUGGGUACUGGAGAAAAUUUAGCCCCUUGGCAUCCAAUUAAACCUGGAGGGGUUUUGAUCCUUGGGCAGGAACAGGACACCGUCGGAGGCAGAUUUGACGCCACUCAAGCAUUCGUUGGAGAAAUGAGCCAGUUCAAUAUCUGGGACAGAGUCUUAAAGCCGGACGAUAUUAUGAAGAUCGCCAAUUGUUCCAUCAACAUGCCGGGCAACAUCAUUCCGUGGGUCGACAAUAACGUGGAUGUGUUUGGUGGUGCCACUAAAUGGCCCGUGGAGAGCUGCGAAGAGCGUCUGCUUGACUUAUAGCCAUGGUCGUUUCCUAUCCAAGUGCCCUCUUUUUAUCAAGACAAUCUUUGAUGCUCUGAGAUCCCUCUUCAUUUCCUUGUAGUGUAAACGUAUCAAUCAUUUAUCAUUUUAUUUUUUUAAACCUUGCUUAGUUAGCUGUGUUGUGUCUGCGCCCCCCGAGCCGGCCCCCCUGCGAAAAAGUGACUUGGAAAGUGAGGGGGAAGGGCCGUCAGGACUUACCUCGGGAGCACCGGCUUCCCUGGCUCAGCUCCAGGAGCCAGAAACAGGCCAGGUGGAAGAGAUAACGAGGCCUCCAUCCCCUGACUCUUUCCCCCCCCAGGCCACGCCUCCAGACCCAGCUGAUGGCAAUCAGGCCUGGCUGGGCUCUAGGUUUCGUAGGCAGGAGAGGCGGGAACAACAGAAGCAGGGGUGGGGCAGGCCUAAGAAGUGCUGAGUCAUGGAGCCACACCCCACAGGAUAUAAAACCAGCGAGGGCUGCUAUGCCUCUUCUUAGCAGGCAAAUCAACUGCUUAACUAGAGCUGAAGUACCGUUUGUUCCUGGGUGACUCAUCGGCAUCAAGGGAGAUUACCGAGUCACUUGGUAGGCGCUCACUAGUUUGCUGCCAGAGCUGAUAGUGCCGGCUAAUUAAGCCAUGGCUCAGAACAAGCUGCCCUCCCCAUGCAGAAUAUACAGUCCCACACCUAGGGUGUAGAUCUCUAGAUAUGUCCACCAAAGUCUUCUUGAGGUCUUCCGAUGGCUGCGUUGCCACGUCCAGUUGUGCUGGGGUCAGCCCUAGUGAUUUAUAAAGGAUGUUCUAAGGCUUAAGCUAGUAUUAGAACAAAGACAUUCUGGCUUGCUCCAAAAAACGAUGGCCAGAAGAAGUCACGUUCAACAGGUGGCCCCGCCCAAGGUGGUUCCUGCGAUGGCCACUCGGGCAGGGGAAUUCUGGGAGAUGAAGUCCACAGACAAGGAGAUGAUCCAGUUUGGAGGGAGAGCAGUGGUGAAAUGUAAAAUUUGUUACUACCGGUUCUGUGGGCAUGGCUUGGUGGGGAGGGGGGGGGAAUGUGACUGGUUGGGCAUGGCCAACUUUUUUUUUUUUUACUUUUAAAAGCAUUUUUUCUACAACCUCUUCGACCAAAGAGGUUGUAAAAAAGUGCUUUUAAAAGCCUCUGGCGAUCAGGCAACUCAGCUGGGAUCACCAGAGGAGCCUUUUAAAAGCAUUUUUUCUACAACCUCUUCGGCAGAAAAAAUGCUUUUAAAAGGCUCUGAUGAUCCCAGCUGAGCCGCGCGAUCAUCAGAGGCUUUUCUUAAAAACUUUUUUUUACUUUUAAAAGCAUUUUUUCGGCUGUUAAAAGAAAAACCUCUGAUGAUCGUGCAGCUCAUCUGGGCCUGGGGUGGGGGCAGGGAUUUUUGCUACCGGUUCUCUGAACCACCUGCCACCAUCGCUACCGGAUCGAGCGGUCUGGUCCGAACCGGGAGCAUUUCAUCGCUGAGGGAGAGGAUUACUAGCUGAAUCUCAUAACAACUGAAAAACAUAAAUGCCCCCCUUCUAUAGAUUUUGUGAGACCAUAGCUUCUCAAAGGGUCAGUUCACUUGUUUUAUAUUUUAAGUUGGUUUUAUUCCUCCAAUUUUUUGGUAAAAGUUCAUCUUUUAAAGGAUGAGGAUUCUAGAACAGGGGUGUCGAAUUCGAUUUCAUUGAGGGCCGCAUCAAGGUUGUGCAGGGGUGGUAUUCAUUUUGCUACCGGUUCGCAAAUGUGAGUGCGCUCCCACGCGCUCUUGCUUCAUUCACGCACGCUACCUCCACACAUGCGCAGGGCCUUCCACGCAUGCGCAGAGCAUCAAAAACGUGGAUAAAUGGGACCUGAUUACAUCCGGGCGGGUGGGCAGAGCCUUCCUCAGCCGCCGCUACUGGUUCAUGCGAACUGGAUAGAACCGGCUGAA